AUGUUGAGGGAUGAAAGAGAGUACCCUAUGACUACCUUAUUCACUUCCAUUUUUAGGAGGUUUGCUGAAAUUUUCAGGCAGAGACGUGCAAAUAUUAGCAGUUCAAUCAAUUUAUUUGUGCCUUCGGCUGAAAAGACGCUAAGGGAAAAGAUGAAUGAGGGCGACUCCUUAUUUGUCAAUAAUAUAAACGGGGAUGCCAACGAGUUCACCGUAGUCGGCAGUGGCCUAACUGCCAAAGUCAAUCUACUGAACAAAACAUGUACUUGUAGAGAGUACGACUUGGUGAAAUUACCGUGCGCUCACGAGAUAAAAGCAUUGAGAUUGAAGUACGGACCUGAUUAUGGUUCAAGCAUCUACGAGUAUUCCUCACCCAUGUAUAAAGUUCAGUCUUACAUUCUUGCAUUUGGUGAAACUAUUAAUGUAGUCCCUGCAGAGUCAGAAUGGGAAGUCCCAGAGAAGUACGCAAACAUGUAUAUUCCUUCACUCCCUUACGACCCCAAACUUGAAAGGAAGAGAGUUAAGCGUUUUCCUGGCGUUGCGGAAUCUUUCAAGUCCAAGGGAAUUAGCAAAGAGACGAGAAACAAGUGCUCAAUUUGCAAAGGGGCUGGUCACAAGAAAACAACGUGUCGAUAUUUGAGAGAGCAUCCCACUUGA